AUGUCACAGGCUGGAGAGCUGAGUAGGAGUAGGAAACUUGGAUUUGACUCACUACUCAAGAGAACUACCAUGAUCUCCAACGAUGAAGGUCGAGCGGUGGUAGAAUGUGCUGGCAAAGAUGCCACAAAAUUUGAAGAGCUUGAAGACCCCACCAAGUCUUCUGAUCCCUCCGUGGGGAAGCUAAGCCAGCAAUACGACAUAACUCCUAGAGAUAUCCAGAGCCGUUUCGAACAUCUUCGUGAGUUAAGCGAAAUCGAUAUGACAAGGCUCAACAAGAGCAUUGUACGAAAGAUUGAUAUGAGGAUGAUGCCUUGUAUAACGCUCAUUUAUCUCGACCGCAUCAAUGUUUCCAACGCAAGACUCAGUGGGAUGCAGGAUAACCUACAUAUGUCAGACACCAUUUGGAACUUGGGCAUCUCAACUUUUUACAUCGGUUAUCUUGUUGGACAAUUACCUGGCAACUUGUGGUUGGCCAAGGCAAAUCCAAGAUGGUUCCUACCCUCAACGAUGGUGGCCUGGGGAGCGGCAACCAUCUGCACUCCCGCCCUCAAAAGUGGUGCCGGCUUCGCCGUUCUGCGCUUCUUCACCGGUCUGGCUGAAGCGCCGUUCUUUCCGGGAAUCACACUGAUGACUUCCUCCUGGUACACCAAGGAGGAGAGUCCUCUCAGAAUGGCCAUCUGGCACGCGGGAAACACCAUAUCCAACAUCAUCUCAGGCUUCCUUGCGGCAGGAAUUCUCACUACAAUGGGUGGUGUCUCGGGUCUGUAUUCCUGGCAGUGGUUCUUUCUCAUUGAAGGCAUCGUGACGUUCCUGGUGGCUUUCUCUGCCUACGUUCUCCUCCCAGACUGGCCCCACAACACGCGGUUUCUGACUCCUGAGGAGAGAGAUAUGGCGCAGUACCGUAUCCUGUGCUCCAAUGGAGGCAAAGAGGAAGCUGCCGGAGGCACUUGGGAUGGUCUCAGAGAUGCUGUCAAAGACCCUUUCACCUGGAUCUUCUGCCUUUUGCAUUUCUCCCUGGUCACUGCCCAAAGUUUUAAAGACUUCUUCCCUUCGAUCGUUAACACCUUUGACUUUGGCGAACUCACAACGUACUUCAUUCAAGCUCCCCCGUAUGCGUUCGCAUUUGUGUUUGCAUAUGCUGUUGCCUGGUCGUCAGGUCGGAAUCAAGAGUCUUUCUGGCACAUCGUCCUACCUAUCAUUGGCAGUGCGGCUGGCUGUGCAGUCCUGAUCUCAACCAUGAACAUUGGAGCUCGCUACUUUGGUCUUUUCCUCCUUAUUUCCGGCACAUAUAACGGUCUCAACCUGCAGCUGUCGUGGGAAACAACUGUCGUUCCAGCCCCUCGGAGCAAGAAGGCCGCACUCAUUGCAAUCGCCAAUUGUAUCAGCCAGGUCAGUCACUGGUUCAGUCCAUACUUCUGGCCGCGUUCGCAGGAGCCCUUCUACAGACUAGGCGGCGGUCUUGUACUGGUGGGUUGUGCUCUGGUUGUAACGUCAGCUGGCUUGGCGAAGUGGCGUGCGAUCCGUCUGAAUAAGAAACUGGAUGAAGCUGAGGGUUACUCCGAGAACUCGGGGGUCGAAAGGGGUUGGAGAUUUGCAGGGGUUUCGGAUAUACACUACUCCACGCCUCUGAAGCUUACGCUGUACUUGCGGGAAUGCAGUGUUGGAGACCGCCAGGUGCAGCGAUCGUUGACCAUGCAGGGGUUCGGCAGAACUAGGCAGGAUGUCAUCCCAACUGAGAUUACCGUCGUAUUAGCUGCAUCGUCCAUGUGGCUCAUCGACACCAGGAGUCUGAAGCUUCAUGCUUUCAUGCCUCCAGACCUCCCACCGUACGCCAUACUAUCUCAUACCUGGGGAUCCGGAGAAGUGACCUUCCAGGAGCUUGCAGAUCUAAAUACUGCCAAAGAAAAAGCCGGCUACACCAAAAUCCGGAAGACAUGCGAGCUCGCCAGGCAGAAUGGUCUGGAGUGGGCAUGGGUGGACACCUGCUGUAUCGACAAAUCCUCAAGUGCCGAACUCUCGGAGGCGAUCAACUCAAUGUUCGAGUGGUACGAGCUUUCAGCCAUCUGCUUUGCUCAUCUCGCGGACCUACCUGUUGAGUCUCCCACGCUAUGCAUUUUCGAGUCUGGCAUACACAAGCGCGCGUGUCGCUGGUUCGAACGCGGGUGGACCCUUCAAGAGCUCAUUGCGCCCAAGACGCUCGAGUUCUUCGACUGCGAAUGGAACUCUCGCGGCUUCAAGACCGACAGCGCCGUCCUGCGACAAUUGUCAGCGAUGACGGGGAUACAUGGCAAGACUGCCCGAAUACUCAAAAACAGCGCGGCAAUCACCGAAGUUUGCAUUGCGGAGAGAAUGUCUUGGGCGUCAAAGAGGCGGACAACCCGGGUCGAAGACAUAGCCUACUGCCUGCUCGGUCUCUUCCGCGUGAACAUGCCCUUGCUCUAUGGAGAGGGGUCGCGAGCUUUCAUGCGACUUCAGGAAGAAAUUCUUAAGAACAGCACUGACAUGUCUCUCUUCUGUUGGACCGCGCCGCAGGAAGCCUCGCAGCAGUACCGCGGGUUGCUAGCCCGCCAUCCAUCGGAGUUCGCGUCAUGGUACGAUACAGAAUCUACCUCGCGAAAACCCAUCAGCUGGGCCAUGUGCGAGCAAGAGAAGGAAUUCUCAUCGACCAACAAGGGGAUUCGAAUGGAUGCAACUUUGGCGAGUUUCUUUGUUCAUGGCGAGAACAGAACGUGUCUAAGAUGCACGCUUUUCCCAGACGACUAUGUCGUCUUCAUACCGCUACGAUACCACCGGGAUAAUAUCUACGUCAGAGAGCUUCCUACUACGAUCAUCCCUUCGCGUACCACACGGCACGAGCAGGAAACCAUAUACAUCGCCAAGGACGUGGAUGAGCGUAUGUCGAUCAAUCUGCAGGCCAAGAUGGCGGAGACUCUGAGCAUCGACAGGUCCCUACUUCCGGCCAACUUCUCGUUGGAGAUGAUGGAGACCUGGCCCAAGAACUUGUGGCAGUCACAGAGACAGCAAUAUGCCCUGCCCGGAUCAAAGCUAUUUACUUGCAUCACUUCAUACAGCGUCUAUUUUAAGACUGUCAAGGUCGGUGAGGUGUGUCUUAUUUGCCAGCGACAUUCUUCUGCUCUACAGCCUUUACGUUACGCCUUGAUCCCUUUACAAGAAGCAACCGGCCGUGCCGGCAUUAUGUCGCAGAUAAAAGAUCACGAGAGCAGUGGUGCCCGGGGGCAACCCAUUGAAGCCUUUAGUUUGAUGGAGCAAUUCAUCAUUGAUGGCCGUCAGGCAGUGGACCUUUCGCACGGGAAUAUCAGCUUCUCACUCUUCGUAACGCGAUACUCCGAGACUGAGGAGAGCAACGACAAACUGUAUUUGAAGGUCACUUCUUUCCAGGACCUUCUUCAUCCACUGCCUAUCAGGAAAUCGAAGACCAUAUCGAUCAGCGAUGGCAAGGGCCCCGGUCAUCGCCUCGAACGUGCUCCUCAAAUCGGAGGAGAUGGCGCCGUAGUACAGCCACCGAAACCAUGCGACAUCGCGGAAGCGGAGCGGGAGAACUCUGGAUAA